AUGCCCUACCAAUGUGAGGUUCUCACCAACUGCUUGGAAACUGUGCAGAUUUACCUUCACGCAGGUGGUCGUGGCCUCAAACGAUCUUUCUUUCAACGGUCUCCCGAACUUUAUAAUCUUCAACAAGCAUUGGCUCUUUAUUCACAAACCACAGACGCUCUUCUGAAGGACUACGUCACCACCGAGGUCUUCAUAAUGGCUGUUGUUCUUUUUCUUCUUCUUCUUGAUGUUUUCCCAGUAGUGGCGAUAUUUCGAAAUAGGAAAAAUCAGAAUUUGUUGACAGUCUACUUGUCCAAUGUUGUAUUCCGAGCAUUUCCUGUCUCCAUUCUGCUGCUCUAA